AUGCGUUUGCGUCUUCAAACGUCUCCGCAUUGGAAGUCCUCCAGGCUGAACUUGGAGGCGGUUCAGGAGUUGUUGAAGAAAGGUGCUGAUGCCACCUACAUCGAGGACCCCGAGGGAGUCUGGGGAAGCCGGGCCAAGAACGGGCCACUCCACUUGGCACUGCGGAAGAGGCCCUACAAGUCGGACGAGGACGUCAGAGGGGGUUCGUCCGGUCUGCCGCGCGAGUGGGGGAACCUGCCGGAGUUCGGGGAACCGGUCGCGGAGGAUGUGAGCUCCUAUCGCGAGCAGAUCGACAACUGGACUUCGGUGGCCCGAUCUUUGAUUGAGGCCAAGGCUGAUGUGAACGCCGUCAGCGAGGAGUUCGACUGGCGAGGCUGUGGCCAUGCCGAAAGUGCCUUCGAUUUGGCGAUACCCUUCGUGGUGCAAGACAUCGCCUUCCUGGAGCUCUUCUUGGGCCACGGAGCUGAUCCGAACACCGUCCGCCUGCACGAGGUGCAUUCCAUGCGCACUGAUGGACGGAGCCAGGUGCCCAUCCUUCACGAAGCGGUGAAGGCGGGUCAGAUCGCGGCCGUCCGAACGCUCUUGGAGCAUGGCGCCUGGGUGGAUGCGUUUUCGCACCAGGAAUUCUUCAACGAGCGUGGCUUCAACCGUCACACCGAGGAGACGGCGCUGCAUUUGGCCUGUGAUGCCGGUGAUCUGCCCAUGUGCGCGUUGCUCUUAUCUAAAGGAGCUCAGGUGAACACUUGGAGGAAGCGCACAGAGCACGUGCCCUCCUUGACGCCCUCGCCCACGGACGACCCGCGCGAUGCGCGCUUCGUCUCCAGCGUGCUCUGUGUGCCCAUCGAGGAGACGGCGCUGCACAUCGCCCCUUCACAGCCGAUGGAGACGGAGGGGUGGGGUGAUGGAGACUGGUCAAACCCUAGGAGGGAGUCACAUGGAGUGACAGGGUGGUGUGCCUUGGUGUGCCCCAUCCAAUGGCCGAUGUGGAUGUGGGGCACCCCCACUCCUUCCUCCAAGUUCGGCACGCGCGAGCACGGUGACUGCUGGUCUGGAAGUCCAGUGAUGUGCGAUCAUUUUAAGAAGAGGAGAAGUCGACUGGACUCCGAAAGAUUCGGAUGUGGCCGCCAGAGUGUUUGA